AUGCCCUGUGCCCUGCUGCUGCUCCUGAUUGUCCUUUGCCUCCAAGAGGCAGGGAGCUGCCUCCACUGUGACCGAAGCUUCCUGGAGGCCUUGGAGGCGCUGUUGGGGGAGGUGGUGCCACCCACGGUACCGCAGCGGGACACCCUGAUCCAGCACCACAUUGAGGCUUUCACCCAGCUCUACACCCUCCACCUCCGCGAGAAGCAGCACCGUGUGCUGGAUGUCCGAGGGGUUCAGUCUCUGAAGUCUGCUUUGACCACGUGGCUGAAAGGUGUCAAGGAAGAGCCCUGGAAAGGGGUGAACUUGCUGCAGCUGGCUCUGGCCCAGCAGCGUGAUUCGCUCCUGUCCAGCCUGCAUGGUGCCCUUGAGAGAUUUGCCAACCUUGCUAUGACCGAAGGGCCAGUCCUGGACUGCUGGACGUGUCUGCGCAUCAACGCCCAGUGCUUCAGUGGGGAGCUGUGUGGAGAGGAGGACAAGAGGGAGGUCGAACGGAAGGAAAUCAUUCUGUACCUCUUCUUGGUGUGCGAAUGCGUGCUUCUGGGGUCAGGCACUCUGCUGUGA